AUGAUGCUGGCUCCUGCCCUCUUCUUCCUUUAUAGGGGGGAGGGCACUGGGUCGCCCAAGGUUCUCCUUCACCCUCGAGCUCGGCUUCGACCACACCAUCACCCACAAGAUCGGCCUCAACCACCCUGUCACUGGUCGUCCAGCACUUCGCCAUCUGCCUCCUUCACCUCUUCUUCCUCACUCAUGGCCACGAGGUCGCCCUCGCCCACUUCCACUAACCCUUGUCACAGGCGCACAUGA